GACAAGGCUCGUAAGCAUGGAAUGGAGGACUAUAUAAGCGCAGAUCCGUGCGCGUUCGAUCAUGCUUCUUUCUUCAAAGUGCUACAAAAUCUCACGCUCGAGUAUCGCUUGAACGAUCCCUAUGCGUCAUUGGGCUGGUUUAGUCCUGGUCAGGUUUUUGUACUGGACGAAUAUUGUGCGCGAUACGGGGUACGUGGGUGCUACAGACAUCUGUCUUAUUUAUCAGAUUUGUUGGAUCGAGCAGAAAACCAGUACAUGAUUGACCCCACGUUGAUACAUUACUCUUUCGCUUUUUGCGCGAGCCACGUGCACGGAAACAGACCUGAUGGCGUUGGAAGCAUAACACAUGAGGAAAAGGAGAAAUUUGCCGAGAUCAAAGAACGCUUGCGUGUUUUACUUGAGUAUCAAAUAACAAAUUUUCGCUUUUGUUUUCCAUUUGGUCGACCUGAGGGCGCAUUGAAAGCUACACUUUCUUUAUUGGAACGCGUUCUUAUGAAGGACAUUGUUACGCCCGUUCCACCGGAAGAAGUGCGUAUGAUGAUCAAGAAGAGUUUGGAAACGGCAGCGCUUGUGAAUUACUCGCGUCUAUCGUCAGAAGCUAAAAUUGAAGGUAAUCUGGUGAUCGUAUUAUAUAUGCGGCGCAGUGAAGGCGAUAGCAAUUCCCCGGACUCAAACGGUUAAACCACUUUUUAGGUCUUUACUAUGAAGUUGUAC